AUGUCUCCAGCUGCUGCCGAGCCCCAGCGUCCGUACACCGCGCCCAUAUGCGCCUCACACACUCUGCAGCAAACGAGGCAGCAGCAGCAGCAGCAGCAGCAGCAGCAACUUGAGCAGCAGCAGUACCUUCAGCAGCUGCAGCAACCUCAGCAGCAGCAGCAACUUCGGAAGCAGCAACAGCAACACACUCGAACAGCAGCAGCAGCAGCAACAAUACCAGAAGCAACAGCAGCAGCAGCAUCAAGAAUAGCAGCAGCAUCACCAGCAGCAGCAGCAGCACCAUCAGCAUCAGCAGCAGCAGCAGCACCAUCAGCAUCAGCAGCACCAUCAGCAUCAGCAGUACCAUCAGCAGCAGCAUCAGCAGCAGCAGCAUCAGCAUCACCAGCAGCAGCACCACCACCAUCAGCAUCAGCAGUACCAUCAGCAGCAGCAUCAGCAGCAGCAGCAUCAGCAUCACCAGCAGCAGCAGCAGCAGCAGCAGCAGGAUACUCACGAGGUGCAGCUAAGAGUAGCAGAGAAUAA